AAAGUUCAGCGGGAAGGAGGUUUUUGUUGUUUUCUGUUUAUUGCCGAAUAAUUGCGAGCUUGUAAGAUUAGAUUUGUUUGGAAUCUCUGCUGACGGAUAACUAAUUUCGCCAUGCUCCGCUCGCCCGCCAGAUCAAUUUUUACGAGGCUCUACAGCAGCAUGAAGGUGAAAGUGCCAGUGAAGCAAGGUGUUGUGGUGGGGCAACAGAAGACGCUGGCCAGCGGGCUGGAGUACAACAGCUUUCUAGGCGUUCCCUAUGCGGAGCCACCUGUAGGAGAGCUCCGUUUCCUGAGUCCGCUGCCCCUGCAACGCUUCGAUGUGCCUGAAUUGGACUGCAGCAAGGAGAGGGACAUGGCCCAUCAGCGUGAUCCCUUCACCAUGGAGGUGGCAGGUUCCGAAAACUGCCUGUUUCUCAAUGUAUACGCUCCCAAGGUCAAGAAACCGGGCGUCCCUCUGCCCGUAAUGGUGUGGAUUCAUGGCGGUGGCUACUUCUUUGGCAACGGCAACAGUGAUUUCCACUUUCCCGGCAAGCUUCUGGAGCAGGACGUAAUUGUCGUCACCCUGAAUUACCGACUGGGAGCCCUGGGCUUUCUCAGCCUGCCCGAGGAGGGUAUCCAUGGCAACAUGGGUCUCAAGGAUCAGCGUCUAGCCUUGCAGUGGGUUCAGGAGAACAUAGCCAGCUUUAAUGGUGACCCCAAAAACGUAACCCUGUUCGGUGAGAGUGCUGGAGGGGCGUCAGUCCAUCUGCACACAUAUGCCCGGCAUGCCAACCGCUUGUUCCACAAGGCAAUCAUGCAGAGCGGAACGGGCAACAUGGAGUGGGUGUUCCAGUACGAUGCGGCUAUCAAAACCCGUAAGCUGGCGGAGCUCCUCGGCGGCGGGGACUUCGGUGGUGACACCAAGGCGCUCUUGAAAUUCUUAAGGUCGGAGAAGGCCACUCCCACCGGCAUUUUGUCCAACACCUUGAAGGUUCUAACUGCCGACGAGCGGCGGCGUCACCUGCCCUUUGCCUUUAAGCCAGUUAUCGAAGACCGCAGCAGUCCGGACAGCUUCCUGGACCAAAACAUCUUUGAUUUGAUGCACAAAAGGACACUAGGUGGAAUGCCUACCAUUAUGGGCUACAACUCCGCCGAAGGACUGGCCAUGAUUGUGAAGGCCAAGCAGAAACUGGAGGCCUAUGAAGAUGAUUUGGCUAGGAUGGUGCCAAAGAACCUAGUGCUGGAUCCUCAGUCUCCAGAGGCCCUGGAAGCGGCUUUCGAUCUGCGGGCAUUCUUCUUUAAUGGUCAGGCUAUAACCAAGGAUAACAUGGACAAUCUGGUGGACCUGUUCACCGACUACCACUUUAACAUGGACCUCCAGCACGCUGCGGAGAUCCAUGCCAGUUGCCAAACACAGGCUCCCCUGUAUUUUUAUCGCCUGGAUUACGUGGGCGGACGCAAUAUGUACAAGAAAAUUUUCCAAAACGAGGAUCUUCGGGGCGUGGCCCAUGCUGACGACAUUUGCUACAUCUUCCAGAUGGCCGGAGACGAGUCCAAGAUGAGAGAAGAUGACCUGCUGGUCACCGAGCGCUUGUGCAAGAUGUGGGCAAACUUUGCGCGUGACGGAAAGCCGUCAGACAGCUGGCUGCCUGUACAAAAACCUCAUCCUGGGAAGCCCUUCCAGCUGGACUGCCUGCUCAUCGACCGGGAGCUAAAGAUGUGCGUCAAUCCGGAUGGUGAGCGUAUGGAUUUCUGGCGCAGCAUGUACAGGAGAUACAGGAGCAAGUGCUACGAGGCUCUGAGAGCGAAGCUUUGAUAAAUCGAAGACUCAAUUUUAUUUAAAUAUAAUUAACCAAAAAAUUA